GAGCUGACCCAGACCCAGGCCACCCCUGGGGCAAGGGGUCAGCGUGGGGCCUGCCUCUCCAGGGCAGGGAUACACUGCAGCUGUCCAUAGCUACGGCCCUACAGGGCUGGGCCCAGAGUGGCUGCCUCCUGAUAGACCCGCCUGCCCCAGCUCAGAGCUGCAUCUGUGUCCUAGGGAGGAAGAGGAGGCUUGUGGCCCAGAGCCCGAGGCAGGCCAGGUGUGGGCAGCAGAGCAAGGCCCCUGCUGGGUGUCACCCAGCCUGGAGAGUCCACAAGGAGCGAGUUCAAUCCCCUGGAGCUGAGAGGUGGGGCCCACAGACUGACCUCAGGAUCCCCAGCUGGCUAUGAGGAAACCCCAGAAGGCAGGGGGAGGCAGCCAGAGGCGGGGGGAGCAGCCCAGCCCAGACACAGGUGAGGUGCCCCAUCUGCUUCGGCUUGGGGGGAGCAGCCCAGCACCCACAGACUUAGCAGGCUUCCCAAGGGACCCCAGAAGGCUGCAGAGUGUGUUUUUGGGGCUGGGGAGAGGCUCAGGACCACCCUGCCACUUGUGUGACCUUCCCCUUCACACCGUCUCCUGAACACUGAGCCACAAUUUGUGACAAGAUGUUUCUGGAAGCAUUUUGGAGGGUGGGCCCUGACUCAUGGGGGUCUUCUUCCCGAAGAAGAAAUGAGGCCGAGGUGGCUCCCAGUUCACACGCUGGCUGCCCUGACUGGACCCCGAGGCACCUCCUCCCCGUCCUCCACAGGUCCGGGGACCCCUAGCCAGGCGUCCCCAUACCAUCUGUUUAGUGAUGCCGAUGAGGUCACCAGCUUCCGGGCCAGCCUCCUAAGCUGGUAUGAUCGGGCCAAGAGGGACCUGCCCUGGAGAAGGAGGGCGGCAGGAGAGCUAGACCCCGACAGGAGGGCGUACUCUGUUUGGGUGUCUGAAAUCAUGCUCCAGCAGACCCAGGUCGCCACAGUUACUGGCUACUACACCAGGUGGAUGCAGAAGUGGCCAGCGCUGCAGGACUUGGCAGGGGCCUCCUUGGAGGAGGUCAACCAACUGUGGGCUGGCCUGGGCUACUAUUCACGGGGCCGGCGGCUACAGGAAGGUGCUCGUAAGGUGAUGGAGGAGCUGGGGGGCCACAUACCGCGAACAGCAGACAUGCUGCAGAAGCUGCUGCCUGGGGUGGGGCGCUACACAGCUGGGGCCAUCGCCUCCAUCGCCUUUGGCCAGGUGACUGGUGUGGUGGAUGGGAACGUGACCCGUGUCCUAUGCCGUGUACGAGCCAUUGGGGCAGACCCAGGAAGCCCCUUAGUCACCCAGCAUCUCUGGAGCCUGGCCCAACAGCUGGUGGACCCAGCCCGACCAGGGGACUUCAACCAGGCAGCCAUGGAGCUGGGAGCCACAGUCUGUACCCCCCGAGGUCCGCUGUGCCCCAAGUGCCCUGUGCGGGGCUUCUGUCAGGCCCAGAAGAGGGUAGAGAAGGAGCAGGCGGUGGCGUCUCGGAGGCUGCUGGGCAGCCCGGAGCAGGGGCAGACCCUUGAUGUGGAGGAGUGUGCCCCCGGGAGGACCGGCUCAUGCCCGCUGUGCCCGCCCCCUUCAGAGCCUUGGCAUCAAGACCUCGGUGUGGCCAACUUUCCCCGCCAGCCAGCCCGGAAAGCCCCCCGGGAGCAGCGGGCAGUCGUCUGUGUCCUUCAGCAGCUGGGCUCUGAGACUGGCCGCUUCCUGCUGGUGCAGAGGCCCAGUUCAGGCCUGUUGGCUGGCCUCUGGGAGUUCCCCUCUGUGCCAGCAGAAGGCACUGAGUCCGUCCAGCGCCAGGCCCUUGUGAAGGCACUGCGGACCUGGGUGAGCAGCCCCCUCCCCCUGAGGAGCCUGCGGUACCUUGGCGAGGUGGUCCACAUCUUCUCCCACAUUCGACAGACCUAUGUGGUAUAUGGCCUGGUGCUGGAAGAGCAGCCCCAGGGCCUGCCCCUAUCGGGUGCCCGCUGGGUGAGCCGGGCUGAGUUCCAGGCAGCUGCUGUGCCUACGGCCAUGAAAAAGGUUCUCCAGCUGUUUGAGGGCCGGCCCUCAGGGCUGGGGAAGGCCUCUAAAGGUUCCCAAGAUCCUGCCACUUCAGGCCCUGGGCUUGGCCGCCGACGCAGACAACUGACCCUCAGUGCUUUUUUGAAGCCGACUUCUGCCCCCUGAUUGGCCCCAGAGCCCUGAGGAAGGAGCAGCUGCCCUUCUCCUCCCUCCCCCUCAGCCUGGCUGCGGGUCAGCA